CGGCCCAGGGAUGCUGCUGCGGCCCCGCAGGCCGCCCCCGCUCGCGCCCCCCGCGCCGCCGUCGCCCGCCAGCCCCGACCCCGAGCCGCGGCCGCCCGGAGACGUCCCAGGGACCCCGCCCCGGAGGCCCGCCUCGCCCAGCGCGCUGGGGGAACUCGGGUUGCCAGUGUCCCCGGGCUCGGCGCAGCGCACGCCCUGGAGCGCCCAGGAGACGGAGCUGCUGCUGGGGACGCUGCUGCAACCGGCCGUGUGGCGCGCGCUGCUCCUGGACCGCCGCCAGGCCCUGCCCACCUACCGCCGCGUGUCGGCCGCGCUGGCCCGGCAGCAGGUGCGCCGCACCCCCGCGCAGUGUCGCCGCCGCUACAAGUUCCUCAAGGACAAGUUUCGCGAGGCGCACGGCCAGCCGCCCGGGCCCUUCGACGAGCAGAUCCGGAAGCUCAUGGGGCUGCUGGGCGACAACGGGCGCAAAAGGCCUCGCCGCCGCUCCCCCGGGUCCGGGCGCCCCCAGCGCGGCCGCCGCCCGGCCCCCAACGCGCACGCGCCAGCUCCGGCCGAACCAGACGCCACUCCGCUGCCCACCGCCCGCGACCCCGACGCGGACCCCGCCUGGACGCUCCGCUUCAGCCCGUCCCCGCCGAAGUCUACCGACACCUCCCGCGCCCCCGGAUCCCCGCCAGUCCCCGCCCCCUGCAUCCCCGAGGACCGCACACCCCUCCGCCGUCCGGGCUCCCCGCCGCCGCCCCCGGCCCGUGAAGACCCCGACUCGCCGCCCGGCCGCCCUGAGGACUGCGCGCCCCCUCCGGCCGCGCCCCCGUCGCUGAACACCGCCCUGCUGCAGACCCUGGGGCACCUGGGCGACAUCGCGAACAUCCUGGGCCCGCUGCGCGACCAGCUGCUGACCUUGAACCAGCACGUGGAGCAGCUGCGCGGCGCCUUCGACCAGACAGUGUCCCUGGCCGUGGGCUUCAUUCUGGGCAGCGCGGCCGCCGAGCGAGGGGUCCUCAGGGACCCGUGCCAGUGAGUCCCGGCUGCGGCCAGCCUCCCCUCUCCAGGCCGAGGCCCCUCCGCCCUCCCCCUCCCGCUGCCUUCCCACCCCCGCUCCUGGGUCCCGUCAAUAAAAAGAUUGUUUUCCU